GCGUGUGGUGUGUACAUCCGGGCACAUCCAUGACAUAACUCGGUGAAACAGCGUUUAAUUAAAUCACAUUUUAGCCACCUUUAUUGUUAGUUUUGGAACAUUUUGCCGUGAUGGACGCAAUCCUAUCCAGGCUCUUCUCCUCGGAAGAAGAGGAGUUGUACGUGUUGGACUGUCUGGGUUACUUUAUGAUUUUCAUGGCAGCCUGCACUUUCGUUGCUUUGCUUUUCCAGGAUGUCCCGUACGGACGAUACGCUCCCAUCAACGGUAGGUUUCGAGUUGAUGCCCGGAUUGCUUGGUUCGUGCAGGAGAUGCCUGCCAUCCUGGUGCCUUUCUGUCUGGUAUUUUGGACAUCCUCGGCAAAAACGUCACUACUGCCCAACCAGCUGGUCAUUGCAAUGUAUUUCUGCCACUAUAUUCAAAGAUCCCUCAUUUAUCCAUUUUUAAUCCGAGGAGGUAAACCAACCCCACUGGACUCAUUUGUGCUGGCCAUUAUAUUCUGCAUGUAUAAUGGAUACAUGCAGAUCAGGUACCUGAGCCAUUACGCUGACUACCCGGCACAUUGGGUUACACAUCCACGCUUCAUUGCAGGGUCUGUUCUGUGGUUGGUCGGCUGGCUGGUGAACAUGCACUCUGACCACAUCCUGAGGAACCUCAGGAAGCCCGGAGAGACUGGUUACAAGAUUCCCACAGGCGGACUGUUUGAAUAUGUGUCUGGAGCCAACUUCUUAGGAGAGAUAAUAGAGUGGGCCGGCUUCGCUCUGGCUGGAUACUCUGUCCAUAGUGCAGCUUUCGCCAUCUCCACCGCAGUGGUCCUCUCCAGCAGGGCUGUGUCACACCACAAAUGGUACCACGCUAAGUUCGAAGACUACCCGAAAAGUAGGAAGGUACUUAUUCCCUUUCUGUUCUAAAAGCACUGUGGGUACUGGAAGCCUGGAAAGCCUGAAAAUGGACAUUCCCAACAUUUUACAAAACUUAGAUAGGCUCUAAAAUAAGCUAAAUUUGAAGACCCAGUACUGAAAACUGAAAAAAAACACAGACUGCAAGCUUGUAAAUUACCUCAUGUGGGUUGCAAGCAAGCAAACGGUUUACAAAAACAUCAUACCGUUGCUUCUUACUUUGGUAAUAACGCCCAUAAAGCAAAGUAACCUCAGCAACACUGAACUGUAUGUAAUUGAAAUGCUCUGUUUGCCAAAGAGGCAACAUUUAGCAUUCCUCAGGAGGAAAUAGGACGGCGAAUGGAGCGUACCUCAACAGUAAUACAGUGGAUUUAUCACUCUCUGCACCAGCAAUAAACUCUGUAAAGACUC